UCCUCAGCCACACACUGGACACUGGGACAGGGGACACCUGUGACGCCACCUGAGGGUAAGGGAGCUGCUGGGAUGGAUUCCCCCCCAGCUCUACCUCCCUCUCAUCCAAUGAAAACCCUGCGGAAGCAGUGGCUAGAAGCCCUGGUCUCUGCCUACUAUGUGCUGGCUGUGUUGUUCUUAGGCCCUUGGUCCAUCCUUCUCAUCUACCUCCUCUUCACGCGGCUCUGGUCCCUAACUGUUCUCUACUUGAUGUGGCUCUACCUGGACCGGGACACCCCCAGCCGAGGGGGAAGACGGUGGGAGUGGUUAAGGACCUGGCGGAUAUGGAAACAUCAAAGAGAUUAUUUUCCUAUCAAGCUGGUGAAGACGGCAGAACUGUCCCCCAAUCAGAACUACGUGCUAGGGGCCCAUCCCCAUGGGAUCACGUGCACUGGACUCUUCUGUAAUUUCCUCACUGAAAGCAACAACUUCUCCCAACGCUUCCCAGGGAUUCAGCCCUGGAUAGCCAUGAUGAAUGGUUUCUUCUACAUUCCAGGGUUCCGGGAAUUUAUUAUACUUCUAGGACUGCGACCUGUGAGCCGUGCCAGCCUGGACUUCAUCCUGUCUCAGGACCAGCUUGGCCUGGCAGUGGUCAUCGUGCCUGGGGGUGCGCAAGAGGCUCUGUAUGCAGCCCCAGGGCAAAACUGCCUCGAACUCCAGAAUCGCAAAGGCUUCGUUCGACUGGCGCUAAGGCAUGGGGCAUCCCUGGUGCCUGUGUACUCCUUUGGGGAGAAUGACACUUUCAAAACUAAGACGUUUCCCAAAAACUCCUGGCAGUACCUGUGUCAGGUCACCUUCAAGAAAUUCACUAGAAUAUCUCCCUGCAUCUUCUGGGGCCGCAAUCUCUUCUCAUCCAACUCCUGGGGUCUGCUGCCCCUGGCCAGGCCCAUCACCACCGUCGUGGGCGCCCCCAUCCCUGUGCCCCAGCUCAGUGCACCCACUGAGGAGCAGGUUGACCACUACCACAGGCUCUACAUGGAGGCCCUGGAGCGACUGUUUGAGGAGCACAAGGAAAGCUGUGGUAUCCCUGCCUCCACCCGCCUCAUCCUCUGCUAGACCUGGCCUCACCUUUCCCUGCUGCCCUCCUCUGCCCUCCAAUAAAGGCUGUGGUGGAAGUGAGCAUGAGACCAGGCACUGCACCCUGCCCAACCCUCCCAUCCAGUCCUGUCCUGUCCAGUCGUGCUGCAGAGUUGUACCUAGGAUUGGGGCUCAGGACCCUGAUUCUCCCACCAGGGAGAAAGGACUCUACCACAGGACCUGGGACAAGCCUCUCCCUCUCCC